GUCACUCUGGUAUCAAUUUUUCCAUUUUCGAUGCUUAAAACCCUAAAAACAUUCACUGGCCUUAGUCCUCGUCCCUUCUCAAUCCCCUUCAAGCCAUUGUCGAACCACACUUUGACAGAUUCCCACCUCAAAUCCUUAGUUCUCAGCCAAUACUCCCAUGGAACUUUCUCCAAUCUACUCCGAAACGUCGUCGCUUCACCCUCUGUUCUUCUCACCGCCUGCCAAAACCUCUCCCAUUCAUCGUCGUCAUCAUCCACGACGCUUCGUACCCAUGUUUCCAACUACUUCUCGAUCGAAGAAAUGGGUCAUGAAAUUUCCCAUAACAAGUUCGAUAUCCCCUCUUGCUGUGUCAGAAUGGAGCCCCCAAGUUCUUCAGGUGAGCCUUUGGUUUUACCGAAUUUGAAACUAAAAGUUCUGAUCGAAGCUAUUAGGAUGGUGUUAGAAAUCGUUUAUGAUGAGAAGUUCGUGACUUUUUCUUAUGGGGGUCGUGUUGGAAUGGGCAGACAUACUGCCGUUAGGUACUUAAAGAACAAUUUAACAAACCCUAGCUGGUGGUUUAAUGUUUCCUUUUUUCCUAACAAGUUUGGUGAGUUUAAUGUCGAUAAGUUGUGUGCGUUUAUUGGAGAGAAAAUUAGGGAUGAUUUGUUGAUUGAUGUGAUAAAGACGUUGUUUCAAUGUCGAGUGGUUAGAGUUGAAUUUGGUGGGUGUUAUUUAGGGAGAGGGCUUCCUCAAGAAAGCGGCUUGUGUUCGAUUUUGAUUAAUGUUUAUCUUCAUAGGUUUGAUCGACAAUUUCAAGAAAUGAGACUUCGAGUGAAUGAGAGGACCUCUAAAAUUGAGUUAACUAAGCAUGACUUCAGUAACACGAAUGUUUUCUAUAAGCCGGUGAAAAUUUAUGCAGUUAGGUACUUGGACGAGAUAUUGAUAACUACGUCCGGGUCGAAGGUGUUAGCGAGGGAGUUGAAGGACCGUGUUUUGGAUGUUUUGGAAAGGGAUUUGGGGUUGAAGGUCGAUAGAGUUAAAACAGCCAUCCACAGUGCGGUAUCGGAGAAGAUUAUGUUUUUGGGGAUGGAGCUGCAGGCUGUUCUUCCUUCUGUCUUGCAUCCCCCUAUGUCGGAAAAGGCAAUAAGAGCGAAGAAGAAGUAUCUUAGACAGAAGGAAGUUAAAGCUCUAGAAUUGAGGAAUGCUCGGGAGAGGAAUAGGAAAAAGUUGGGUUUGAAAAUAUUGAGUCAUGUCUUUAAGAAGUUGAAGCAGAGUAAAGAUGGGUUUAAAUUUGAAUAUCAAAUCAACUCGGAGGUUAGAGGAAUCUUUAGGACUUGGGCAGAUGAAGUUGUCCGAGAGUUCUUGGGGUCCUUGGAAGAAAGAUGGAACUGGUAUCGGCUGCUCUCUAGAGGUGAUUUUUUAUCUUUAAGACAUGUUAGAGAUCAGUUGCCACAAGAUCUUGUUGAUGCUUAUGACAAGUUCCAAGAACAAGUUGACAAGCAUUUGGCCCCUACCAAAGCAAGAAUGGUAUUGGAGGAAGAAGAAAAGAGGGUAAGAGAAGAAGAGGAACAGAAAUAUUCUGAGCGCAUGGUAGAUGAUCUGACCAAGUUGUGUAUGAAGGUUUCAGCUCCUAUAGAACUUGUUAGGAAGGCUGUUAGAAUGGCGGGUUUUACAAAUAAUAUGGGUCGUCCCAGGCCAAUCGACUUACUAUUCGCAUUGGAAGAUGCUGAUAUCAUUAAGUGGUAUGCUGGUGUUGGAAGGAGAUGGCUGGAUUUCUUCUGUUGUUGUCACAACUUCAGAAUGGUGAAAACAGUUGUUUCUUAUCACUUGAGGUUCUCCUGUAUUUUAACAUUGGCACACAAGCAUGAAUCCACCAAACUUGAAGCAAUUAAACAUUACAGUAAAGAUUUGAAAGUCUCGAAUAUAAAUGGAUAUGAAGAAGUUUACUUCCCUACUGAGAGGGAUAUUAAGAUGAUGGGUGAUCAAAAUCUUUCAGACCCGAAACCGGUGGAUGGGGCUAUAUCUUUGGCUUUGAUCAGAUUGGCAUCCGAUGAGCUAUCACAUUCUUGUGUUGCUCAUUUCUGUGGUAGGACUGAUACAAUCACGUAUAGGGUUAGGUUACUGCAAAAUUAUCUGAAUUUGAAUCCCCUCGACGAAGCUCAGUGGGUUAAGGGUAUGGGUAUUAUUCAUGAAACUUUGAAUCGAAUAUGCUUGCCUCUCUGUCCCGAUCACAUAAACGAUUUAUACAUGGGUAAAAUCACUCUUCAGGAUAUCGACUGCACUUCAUUCGUAGAAUUGGACUGAGUUGGCUUUGAAUGGGUCAAAAUGUAUCUGAAAAUGUGCUAAUGAGCUGCAGCAGAAGAGCUGAAAUUGAUUUGAAAAACCAAAAAGACCUCAUUGAAGUAACCUUCUGAAACCUCUCAUAGUCUUCCAAUACGUUUCAUAGCCUUCUAUUAUAUUUGGGGAGCCUAAAGACCUUUUCGGCUCGAAUGCACCGUAUUUCUUAAAAGAUUCAUGUCUUAAACUUGUGUAUGACACAUUUUCAUGCAUAAGUAUGCUACACAAAUGCAUGAAAAAGAAACUUGGAAUAAACUGAACAUACCCAAGCGGAUAUCCGUAUCCAACAAUACCUGGAUUCGAAUAGCAUAGUUGUUGCGUUUCAGGCGUACCGACUCUGAAGAGAUCAGAGCUGGAAGCAGCCUGUGAACAUUUCAGCAAUGUGAUUAGUUCUUCAACUGUUUCCAUUGUGUACAAAGGCACAUUGUCUAGUGGGAUUGAAAUUUCUGUGGCCUCCGUACUGGUGAAAUCUGCUGAAGAUUGGCCAAAGAAUUUAGAAACACAGUUCGGAAAGAAGUUAUUGUACUGAAAACAUCCAUCUCUAUCACCCGGACUCGAUUGUUAGUAUUGGAUGUUGUUGGUUUGUCCAACUAUUUCUAGUUUUAUUGAAAAUCAACCACAAAAAAUUUCCCAACCUGGUCCCGGUAUUGUGAGGAAGACGAGCCUUUUGGUGUAGAUGAAGUGGAGAAAAUCGGAGAGGUGAUUAAAUCUUGUGUCCACCCCGAACCUGGUCCCGGUAUUGUGAGGGAUCAAUGCAAUUACGCCCGAAGGUGUGAUCCCGAAACUUUCUCCUUUUAGGUGGGGCAGAGCUGGAGACUAUGUCCACCGAAGCAAGAAGCUGGGGGAUGAAGUUGAUGUUGUAGGUACAGGAAACUUUGAUUUUUUUUCUCUUAAUAUAGGUGGAAAGGCAAAAUGAAGCUUUCCUGCAGAUCAGCACUGGUUGUAUUUAACUUAGAUCAAUGGGAAAUUUGUUGUAUAUGUAUA